UUCCAUUGAUACUCUCUAAAUCUUUACAACAUUCUUCAUCUGUUAUUAGUUCCUAAGUAUAUGAACUCUCUGCUUCUUCUCUCCAGCGUUGUUCAGUUGUGUGUCGAGAUGUGCUCGAAGUAGGUGACUAGGUGGAUGCAGAAUUGCAGACUAUACAUUCUUUUUUAAGUUCUUGAGCUUGGAACAAUACUUUUCUCACUCUAGUUGUUUCUGCAAUCAAAUGGAUACUGGUGGGUUUGUAGAUGAAGAAAGCGAUGGAUCUCAAGCUUCUGCACAGUCAUCAAGCUCCCAGGCAGUUAGCCAUUCAGAUGAAGCAAUGUCUCGUCCAUCAGGUGUUAAGGCGGCAAAGGCCGCGAAAGCUAAAAGGACUCUGUCAGUGAUUAAGAGCAUGUGGGAGAUUAAGCAGAAGGAAUUUGAAUUGAACGAGAAGCUUAGCAAGAAGACGUUGUUGGAGACUCUACUUCGAAAAACAGCGCCGCUUAGUGAUCUUGAAAUGGCUUUAAAGAACAAACUUAUCACUGACAUAUUGUCAAAUGCUUGAAUGGUGUCUUUUAUGUCUUGAAAGUUAGUCUUUUUUGUUUCGGUUAACGCUUCUUCACUUGUUUUUGUUCAGUUAGGUUAUGAAUCUUAAGUUGUUUGUGUUCUGUUCUAAAUUGGUUUGGUUGUGCUCUGUUCUAAUUGGUUUGUGUUAGUGUUCAAAUGGAUUGGUUUGUGUUCUGUUCUAAAUGAAUUUAAAUUCGAUUUCAGAGUUUAAAAGGAUGAAGUCCAUGUCGAGAUGCAAGAGUUCAAGGAAGCAUAAAUAGCAAGUACAUGCAAGUGUUGUUCUGUUUUGUGUAGAAGUAUAUAGGCUAUGGUCGUGUGAAGAUUCACUUGAGUUUGUGUGUCAAAUUUUGUGAGUGUAUCAAGUUUUGAGAGUGUAGAGUCUGUGUCAAGUUUUGAGAGUCAAAUGUAUCCCAAACACUUUCACAUUUUUUUCAAAUGUUUAUAUUUUCAUAGAGGUUGUUAAAAUUUAAAAGGUAAAAACCCU